AUACAGAUCAGAGAGAGAGAGAGAAACAGACCAGAGAGGGAGACAUACAGAUCAGAGAGCGAGAGAGAGAAACAGACCAGAGAGGGAGACAUACAGAUCAGAGAGAGAGAGAGAAACAGACCAGAGAGAGAGAGAGAAACAGACCGGAGAGAGAGAGAGGGAUGCAGAGAGAGAGAGAGAGAAACAGACCAGAGAGAGAGAGAGGGAUGCAGAGAGAGAGAGAGAGAAACAGACUGGAGAGAGAGAGAGGGAUGCAGAGAGAGAGAGAGAGAAACAGACUGGAGAGGGAGACAUACAGAUCAGAGAGAGAGAGAGAAACAGACCAGAGAGUGAGAAACAGACGAGAGAGAGAGGGAUGCAGAGCAGAGAGAGAGAGCGAGAGAGAGGGAGACAUUCAGAGAGAGAGAAACAGACCGGAGAGAGGGAGAAACAGACGAGAGAGAGAGAGAGAGGGAUGCAGAGCAGAGAGAGAGAGAGAGAGAGAGGGAGACAUUCAGAGAGAGAGAGCGAAACAGACCGGAGAGAGGGAGAAACAGACGAGAGAGAGAGAGGGAUGCAGAGCAGAGAGAGAGAGCGAGAGAGAGGGAGACAUUCAGAGAGAGAGAGAGAAACAGACCGGAGAGAGGGAGAAACAGACGAGAGAGAGAGAGGGAUGCAGAGCAGAGAGAGAGAGCGAGAGAGAGGGAGACAUUCAGAGAGAGAGAGAGAAACAGACCGGAGAGAGGGAGAAACAGACGAGAGAGAGAGAGAGAGGGAUGCAGAGCAGAGAGAGAGAGAGAGAGAGAGGGAGAUAUACAGAUCAGAGAGAGAGAGAGAAACAGACCAGAGAGAGAGACAUACAGAUCAGAGAGAGAGAGAGAAACAGACUGGAGAGAGAGACAUACAGACCGGAGAGAGGGAGAAACAGACGAGAGAGAGAGAGGGAUGCAGAGCAGAGAGAGAGAGAGAAACAGACCGGAGAGAGGGAGAAACAGACGAGAGAGAGAGGGAUGCAGAGCAGAGAGAGAGAGAGAAACAGACCGGAGAGAGGGAGAAACAGACGAGAGAGAGAGGGAUGCAGAACAGAGAGAGAAAAUACUUGAAUCAGUAUCAUGUUUAUUGUACAUUUUUUGUUUAUUUCACUUUUAUUUAUAAUCUAUUUCACUUGCUCUGACAAUGUAAAUGUUCCCAUGCCAGUAAAGCCCUUUGAAUUGAAAUUGAAUUGAGAGUGAGAAAGGGAGAAAGAAAGAGAAAGAGGGAGAAUAUAUUUGAUUGCAUUCUCCAGGCCAUCAACACCUUUUGAAUGUCAUUUAAUUGGGAGAAAGAGAGGGAGAGAGGAUGGACCAUUUUGGCAAAUAGAUGGGCAGCACUCUCUGGUCUAUCCCAUGAUCCUGCGGCAAUAAUUAACACGAGAUCAGUGGUCGAUUCUCCUUGACAACGACCCUGCCCCAGGCUCUUCCUGCUUUUAUCCACCCAGCAUGGGAAUCAUUGACCGGCCGCUCAGACUAGAUUAAAAUGGAACCAGAAACAGACAAGCUAUCAGAUGUAGGGGACGGACAGAAAGAUUUCAGGCUAUGCCGCAUAUAUCCAUUAGCUCAUGUAUUUUCCACCUCUUCCACUUCGAUGAGUACAUAUUGUAAUUCAGUCACAGCACACAGAAGUGUAUUUAUCAUGCAGGAUGAUAGUUUAAUGUGGUACUGGUUGAUGGUUUGAUGUUUCGUGAUGGUUAACUUACUUAAGCCAUAGAAUAGAUUUUUUUAACAGGACAUAACUUUCAUUAAUUACUAUUCCAAACAAAUGAAUCUUCUCCCCGUGACCAUUGACUUGUUCAGCAGAGUCUUGUCACAGUAAAACGCCCAGUAUAGUACUGCAGUUUAUUCUAGAACUGCAGCAGUCAUGACAACCAUUUCAAAUGGUGACAGAGGUUUGCCCUGUCUUGCCCGAGGCACUGUGAGUUCCAUUGCCCCACUGAGAGUGUACUUGUUCAUUCACUGUGAGUAACAUGGCUGAUGUGGGCUACCAAUGGCUGAUGUUGGCUACCAGUGACCAUGCUUGACACAAUGCUGUGGAGCAGGCUUGCUUUGAAGCAUAACCAACAUGUGCUUAUGUUCAGAAUGCCUCUAAGCAAGUGAAACGCACACACACAUACACAUUCGCACACACACACACUGUAAACAUAGGUUUGAGGAAAGGUCAGUGUUCAACUCAGGUACCCGUUGUGGGCGAAGGAUGACAGGACAUUAGAAGUAAUCAUCGUUUCCAUGGAGACAGUGCUGGAGACAGGCUCUUGCUCCUAACCAGAGUUCCAUUCUGUACAGAGGCAGUAUGACUACUGUUUUUCUGUCUCUGUGUCUGUGAUAGGGUAUAAUGCAUUUUUCAGUUGUUUGGAUGAUUUCUGAGAGAAGAAGAGAGCUUUCACUUCCAUGUUUUUUUCUUGAGCCUCUGGUUUAGCCUUGACUGUGCUCCUGCUGCCUGCCCUGGCUGUGACAGGGUGCCAUGGAAACCAAAACGGGGGUGCGUCACCCCACCCGCAUGCCCCGCCUCAUCCCAGCAUCUAUCCCAGGAUCAAUGGAUGGCCGGCACCACGGAAACUGGUGAAUUAGCCCAAUAGAUUAGAGGAAGGUCUGAAAACAAGUGCUGCACUUUGUAUCAAUACUUAUUUUUGGAAUGACAGCUUGAGCCAGUCUGCUGCUGAAUCGUCCCCAGCCGAAAUCUACUAGAGAAACCACUACUACCUCUGUCUACGCCACUGAGAGGACAGCAGCAGUGUGACAUUUCUCUUCCACUUUUGAGUUUGAUUGGGACGCUAAGAAGAUAAAUAUCUGCUUUUAGUAGUCUUUUUUUUUUGUCAGCUUUUUUUUUUAUCCCAAACCGUUAUCUAGUGGACUUCCAGUGACAGCAGAUACUUCAUACGAGGACCUAUUUAUAGUAGUCUGCAGAUUGGACAUAGCCUUUUGGUAACCAGCAGCCACUACUUCAGCUUGGCUUGUGCUGGAGCUUCUGUUCCUGACGAAUAUCAACCCCAUCAAAACACAGAACCUCUCUCUGGUUCCGUGAGGCUCAGGCUUGGCUAACAGCUAACACCAACAAACGGUGAGGAGCUGCAGGUGAGAGAACGCCAGAACCCUGGAUGAGCAGGGCGCCCACCCGGAGUGGGGUGGGGAAGAGGCACCACAGACACAGUCACAGACCCAGGAGAUGACAGACCCCACGGGGCAGGAGAACCAGGGACCACCAGCCCCUUGUCCAGAGGUGGUGGUGGUGGGGGAAAAACACCCAAAAACCAAGACGACCACCAACAUUCACACACCAGGGACCUUGGGCACCCCACACCAGGGCCCCUCUGUGAACCACCGGCACAACGAGGUUGUGCACCGCGCCUCUCAGUUCAACAUGGAGGGCUUGGAGGACUUUGAGGAGUUUGUGUUGAAUUUCGACGAUUAUGACCUGCUUGAAUCCAUCCAUGACCACCUGGGGUCCCCUGAGGACGCAGUCCCCCUGGAGCCCGACCAUGGCCAGCUGGGAUCCCCUGAGAACCCAGAACCCUUGGGACCCAUCAGUCACCGAUUCGAGGACAACCCUGGGAUGAGGCGUCAUCUGGUGAAGAAGUCGUCUCGAUGCCAGCUCACUCAGAACAGCAAAAGCUCUCUGUCCCAGUCCAGCCUGAAGAGGAAGAAGAGGGUGGCUGACAAGAAGACCCAUGAGGUGUUUGUGGAGCUCAACGAGCUGAUAGUGGAUAAGAAUCAGAAGAUGCGCUGGAAGGAGACGGCUCGUUGGAUCAAGUUUGAGGAGGACGUGGAGGAGGAGACAGACCGCUGGGGAAAACCCCAUGUGGCUUCACUCUCCUUCCGCAGCCUGCUGGAGCUUCGCAGGACCAUCACACAUGGUGUGGUCCUGUUGGACCUGGAGCAGACCACUCUGCCUGGCAUUGCCAACCUGGUGGUAGAGACCAUGAUCAUCUCAGACCAGAUCAGAGCGGAGGACCGGGCCAACGUGCUCCGUGCCCUGCUGCUCAAACACCACCACCCCAACGACGAAAAGGAGGGCCUUUUCCACCGCAACCACUCUACUAAAAGCCUUCACGGCAGCUUCCAACGCAACCACAACCACGUUCCCGACACCACGGUGCCCCUAGUGGCUGAAGAUCCUACAGAGGCCCUCCACCACGAAAAGAAGCAGCAGAGCAGAGAUGUGUUUAAAUCACUCCAUCCCCCCCUGCCGAUGGCUCUCCAACAACAGGUUACCAAACACACAAAACUCCUAGCCAAGAUUCCCAAGGACGCAGAAGCAACCGUGGUCUUAGUGGGUUGCGUGGAUUUCCUGGAGCAGCCAGCCAUGGCCUUCAUCAGGCUGAGUGAGGCGGUCCUGCUGGAGUCGGUCCUGGAGGUGCCGGUGCCGGUUCGUUUCCUCUUUACACUGCUUGGACCCGCUCAGUCCAACAUGGACUACCAUGAGAUUGGACGCUCCUUCUCCACCCUCAUGUCUGACAAGAACUUCCACGAGGUGGCCUAUUUUGCGGACGACCGGCAGGACCUGCUGAAUGGCAUUAAUGAGUUCCUGGACUGCAGCAUCGUCAUCCCCCCGUCAGACGUGGAGGGAAAGGACCUGCUGAAGACAGUGGCCUCCUUCCAGAAACAGAUGCUGCGCAAGAGGAAGGAGAGAGAGAACAUCAAGACCCACACCACCCCCUGGACAGACCAGGAGACCAAAGAGGUGAGCCAGGAUGAGCAGGAAGAGGAGGAGGACCAGGAGGUGGACCCCAUGAAGAGGUCGGGCAUCCCCUUCGGAGGCCUCAUCCAUGACAUCAGGCGGCGCUACCCGCGCUACGCCAGCGACAUAAAGGACGCCUUGGACUCACAGUGCAUCGCCGCUGUCAUUUUCAUCUACUUCGCCGCCCUCUCACCCACAAUCACCUUUGGAGGGCUGCUGGGAGAGAAAACAGAGGGCAUGAUGGGAGUGUCGGAGCUCAUCAUCUCCACAGCGACCCUGGGGGUACUUUUCUCUCUGAUGGCCGGACAGCCCCUCCUCAUCAUCGGCUUCUCAGGACCCCUGCUGGUGUUUGAGGAGGCCUUCUACAAGUUCUGCCAGGCCCAGGGCUUUGAGUACCUGACGGGCCGGGUGUGGGUCGGCUUCUGGCUCGUCUUCAUAGUGCUGUUGAUAGUGGCGGCCGAGGGAAGCUUCUUGGUUAAAUACAUCUCACCCUUCACCCAGGAAAUAUUUGCCUUCCUCAUCUCACUCAUCUUCAUCUACGAGACCUUCUCCAAGCUCAUCAAGGUAUUCCAGGAGCAUCCUCUGAUGAGAAGCUACCCGCCUGCCUUUGGCCUUCCCGGCAUGGAGUUCACCAACCCCACAGACCCCCAUGGCCCCAUCCUAAACCAACCCAACACGGCCCUGAUGUCUUUCAUCCUCAUGCUUGGUACCUUCUUUGUGGCCUACUUCCUUAGGAAAUUGCGCAACAGUCGAUUCCUGGGCGGGAAGGCCAGAAGAAUCAUCGGAGACUUUGGCAUCCCCAUCUCCAUCCUGUUCUCUGUACUGUUGAGUUACUCUGUCCCCGACACAUAUACCCAGAAGCUGAAUGUACCGUCUGGUUUCUCGGUCACGUCUCCUGACAAGCGGGGCUGGUUCAUCAGUCCGUUCGGCGACCUCAAGCCCUUCCCCGCGUGGAUGAUGGGGGCAUCGGUGGUGCCCGCCCUCCUCGUCUUCAUCCUCAUCUUCAUGGAGACACAGAUCACCUCACUCAUCGUCAGCAAGAAGGAGCGUCGCCUGGUCAAGGGCUCUGGCUUCCACCUGGACCUGCUGCUCAUCGUCACGCUGGGCGCCAUGUGCCCUCUGUUAGGCCUGCCCUGGCUCACCGCCGCCACGGUGCGCUCUGUCACGCACGUCAACGCCCUUACUGUCAUGAGCAAGGCCACAGCGCCCGGCGAGAAGCCUGUGAUCCAGGAGGUGAAGGAGCAGCGGUUGACGGGCCUUGUAGUCGCCGUGCUCGUGGGCAUGUCUCUCGUGAUGACAGAUGUGCUUCGUCACAUUCCGCUGGCCGUGUUGUUCGGGAUCUUCCUCUACAUGGGCGUCACGUCAAUCACCGGCAUCCAGCUCUACGAGCGCAUCACUCUCAUGUUCACGCCCGCCAAGCACCACCCCGACCACAUAUAUGUGACCAAGGUGAAGACGUGGCGUAUGAACAUGUUCACCAUCAUCCAGCUGGCCUGCAUCAUGUUGCUGUGGGUGGUCAAGUCCACCGUGGUCUCGCUCGCCUUCCCCUUCAUCCUCAUCAUGACCGUGCCGCUCCGCCGCCUCAUCCUCUCCCGGAUCUUUGAGGAGCGUGAGCUCCAGGCGCUCGACGGGGAAGACGAGUCAUCCCCCAACUUUGACGAGGAUGGUCGGGACGAGUAUAACGAGAUUCACAUGCUUGUGUAGACACGUGACACGGGGAGGCCCAAUAGGCUCUCUCUGUCUUCCAACACGAACCAAUUACGAGCAAGCUUCUUUGGAAGGCAAACCUUAUAAUGUCUGGGUAGCUGUGUUUUUCACAGAUGUGCUGAGGGUAGAAUAUUUGUCCAACAUAGAAACAUUAUGUAUACAUAUAUAUAUUAUAUGUGUAUAUUACUGUGUGUACGUAUAUAUUCAAAUCUUGCUCCUCUUUGAUCUAAGAAUGCUGUAAAGGAAUAACCCCACUGUUAUGAUUUAUUUCUGUGUGUCCUGCUCCAACUAUAGAUGUUUUCUCCCAGAAGGUCUGUAUCAAUUCUACUGCCCUACUGUGACAGUGUGGGUGAGGAAUCCUAAAGUAUGUGACAUGGACAAUGCACCAUGUCAACACAGACCAGUCAUUUAAAAACCCUCCUCCCUACACCAACUCUGGACAUGGGUUCCUCCCCAUUUCCUUUAACGGUCAAGCUCACUACAGAUUCCAGGCGUACGUGUAAUGUCGACAACCCCAAGGAUUCCAGUAGGUUGGUUUCUUCGCCCAUAUUUUUGGGGCACCGGUGGGAUGAACACUGGUUGUACGACAGCCUCACAGGUUUCACCAGGAGCCAAUACUCCACUGCCUGCUCAGCGUAACUGCCUUCCCCCUCUUCUUCAUACUGUAGGCCUUAUCAGUGCAGUUUGACGUCGUCACUAACCAAACAGUAUGACGUUCCCUUUUAUUUGUUUUUAGUUGUUUGCUACUCACAGGACACGUUCAUCUUUGACCUUUGCGAUUCACCUGCACUGCCACACCAGUUCCCUGGUCCAAGAACAGAAGAAGAAUCAUUGGAUGAGACCUCUCAAUGCAUUUCCUCUGAAACGAAGAUGCACUGAGGACUGCGUGUGUUUGGAGCAGUUUUUCUUUAUGUGGUAUAUUCUGCAUUACAUGCCAGUCCAAUGAUGUCACUGUGGAUGUAUAUGUGAACACAUUGUGAUCUGCUGACCUUGAAUACGUUUAAAUUGUUUAUUUAGUAUUUGUGACCAUACGAAUGAAAUGUUAUCCUACCUAUUUAUUACGAUUUUGUUUUAGUUGCCAAAAUUCUAUGAAGCCAUAUUGACAUAUGGGAUGCUUUCUAAAUGUCUGUUUGUUCAAUGAGUAACUUUAUUUGAAACCUUUGUCACAGUCACUGGAAUUAUGCCACAGUUAUCAAAAUCACUGUGUAGCACCACUGUCAUUGUGUACUUCCAUGUUCUGAGGGCAACUGUUGGAUGUGAAUGGUACUGAAGCUUCAUAUGAACCCUUGAACUGCAAACAGAUCAUUGACCAAUAGUUUGUUGUUCCUGUUGUGAACACAAAUCAGUCGUGACAUUUUGAAAUGUUUUUCAAGUUAUACACAGUUGGUUCAGAAGGGAUUCUAUACAACUUAGCAUUAGUUUAACAUGUAAAGUCACUGGAAUGGACUCUUUGACACAAUGUUCAGAGUUUAUACCCCACACAGGAUGUCUGUGUAUUUAAAAUGUAAGUUUUCAUGAGCUGUGUUGCAGAACCAUUUUUGACUGGUUGUAUUAACGCUAGAUGCUAGGAUUGGAGAGUUAUUGAAUGCAACCUACUUAGCCCCACACCAUGUGAGACUUAUUGAAUGUAUAGGCCUACCCAAUGGGCACACACUGGUUGCGACAACAUUGUUUGACGUUGAACCAACGUGGAAUAGACAUUGUAUUGCGUUCAGGGGACAGAAGAAAGACCGACACUAAAAAAUCAUCCUCAGGCGUCGGGGGAAAAAAUGAAGAAUUGGAAUUGUGGUUAUUAUUCAAGAGGAUAUAAGGGUUGUUCUGUCAGUAUUCUCUGAGUGUUGGAACAGGGACAAGAAAAUCAAAUGGGUAUGGGGCUGGGAAAAAGGCCUGGCAUGUUAGACGUUGGGAAUCCACAAUGUUUCGUCACCUGAUACCUCCAUGCUAGCACAGACCAGACCGCCCACCCAAAAUCUAGGAAUAUAGCCUUGUCACUUUUGAACAGACAUUACCUAGACCUCUCGCUUCAUUGAAAGUCUCUGGGCCCGUUUUUCCCUCAUUUGAUUGGAUGUCCAGGACAAGAAAUGUUUUUGUUGUCUGUACAUUAUGCACACUUGUGAAGGCUAUUAAUAAGUAGACAAUCAGAAAUGUACUCCCGUAUAUCUUUAUGCAUCUACUGUCAUAAGGAAUAUGAUAGAACCGCUAACCCUGUGGCGACAUCCUAUUGUAUAAUGAGCUCGUAUUUCCCCAGUCCUUUUUUGUACUGCAUAUUCAUUUGAAUUAAUGAGUCAUUCCCAACUUGUUUGCGCCAUGUAAUAAAUACGAUGUUAUAAAGGUGAAGCUCCCCUUUAAAUAGUUAUUAUUCUCUUCAGAAUUCUCUAAGUGUCAGGUCAGUGAUUAUUUAAAGGGGAAUUGUACUUUAAUUGAGGGUCUUGAGGCAUUGAAAAGAUGUCCUGCAGGCCACUUGUAAUGAAGCCCUUAUGACGUACUAUUUAUGCCUCAAUACAGGACAAUGACUUUAGUUUCCUGUAGAAUUUUGAAUGGUUUAUACAUGCUAUACUUGCGUGUUAAAAUCAGCUUGAAGUCAUGUCACACACAGAUAUAGUGACACACACAUAAACAUAUUGCCACACACAAACAGAGAUAUAACUCUUUCUGCUCUGAAAACGAUACCUGACUAUAAUGACGAAGUGUGGUUUGUCGGUCUGAGAAUUUUUUUAUGUGAGUAUAUUUUAUGGUAAAUUAUUCAUUACUUUAGCAUUAGCAAUACCGAAUUAUACUUAUGUUAUGUGGAUACUUGAAUAGCAAUUCAACCUGCUGUUAUUGUAAAGGCGUUUUCAAACUACUGUAAAACAAAUUAUUUUUUUGUCUGAAAAUAAAUAUUUAUUAUGUGUUUCA